GUCACAGAGACAUUUUGUUCAUGUAUUUGCAAUAAUAAAAAUUAAUUUUGUAGUAGUAGGUUAUAAUCUCUCCUUUUCUCCUUUGAUGUAAACAAACUAUUUAGCACAGUUUAUCUAAUAAAUGUGUUAAAAGCUUAGCAUAACCAUUCUAAUUGAGGAAGAAUGUGCGUUUAGUUACCUUGAAGGAUCACAUUGAUAAUGAGACUACACUUGAGUGAUUAGAAUGGAUUAAAAAGUAAUUGUUUUCAGGUGUUCUCGAGUCACUAGCCCUAAUUAACUAGAGCUAGCCACUUGAAGCUCUCUCAGUAAACAUUACGUCUCGGUAGCUCAGGAAGUCAAGAUGAAACUGACAGCGCUGUUUCUCCUGAUAUUAGUAUUUGUUGCUGGCCUGGUAGGAGCUCAGCGGAGUUGUUUGGGACACAACAAACCAAAUGAAGAUGUUCUGAGUUCUAUUAGAGCUUUCUCACAGAAUCACACCAUAUCUAAAAACAGAUUGGAAGUGAGCAAAGUAAGCUGUCCCGACAUAGCUUUGAGUAACUACAUUAUUCUAACAUCUAAUUAAAUAUGUAACUAAGAAAACUCUAAAACUAUGUAUGUAUGGGUAAUCUAAUUAUGUAUGUUUAUGUCCACUGCGAUGUAAAAUUCUAA